UUCUGCCAGAGAAGGAAGAGUGACAAUAGGAAGGGGUGAGGCCUGGAAAGAGAGUCUGUGGAGGAGAUGUGGAGACCUGAGCACUGCUACUCCUGCUGGAACUACCCACAGGAGCAGAGAGGAUUCAGAUGUUUUGUAUGAUAAUCCAGGCAUUAAAAAUGAUUGUGUGAUCAUGGUUUUGGAAAAAUAAGAAGAUAUUUCCUGACUACGUAUGCAAAGUUACGUUUCUUAAAAAUACUAAGAAUGAAGUCAUUUGAUCUCUGAUGGAUGAAACUCACUGGAAUGGAAACUAACAUCUAUGAAGAAGAACAGGGCUCACCUUAUCUUACAUCUGCCAAGUGCCUGGGGACUCCAAAGGAAGCAAAGUAUGAAGAAUACCAAAGAAAGAUAGAAAACCAGGCAAGUCCAUCUGAAUUUCAGAAUGUUUUACUGGAACCUGAGUUGAGUUUGCUGCCUGCAUCAUCCUUAUUAGACCACAGUGAGACACCCUUGCAACCUGGCACAGCUGCAGGGUGUGUCAGUGCCAUUGAUCAGUCUGAGACAAAGCACCUUUCUGAAGAAUUACUCUGUUCUGCAAGGCACAAGCCAAAGGAAGAUCCUUUAAACCUUCCCUUGCACACAGAAUGGCCAGUCCUUACAGGAAAAAAAUCAGACAAUAAAUCAGAAAGGAGUCAUGAGAUCAGAGUCAUAAAACACAUACCAAGUGCUAUCACAUUUUCUGAUUUUGAAUUUUUAUCACAUGAAGCUAAUCCUAAACUCCAUAUUUGCGAGGCAGGAGAAGCAGAAGAUUUUUCAUCUGAAGAGGAAGAAGCAGAUGGUAGAGAUGAUGAUGAUGUGUUUACAGAACUGCCACUGUAUGAGGCAUUUUUCAAUGGUCUUCAUAGAAGGAACAUUUCUCAAAGAAAGCAAGAUAAACAUGAAGUUACUAAAUAUCAACACAUCUGUCAUUUAGAAGACUGCGAUGAUCAUUCUGAAAAGGAAUUGAAGGACCAUGACAAGGAAGAAAACCACAUGGAGCUGGAGACCCAACCAGAAAAAGGAUCUGAAUGGUCAAACUCUAUGUCAUGUCUUAUGAAGAAACUGGAACAGUUGAACUUAGAUAUUGAAGAAGCUCUGAGUGCUGGCUCUUCUCCUUCCAGUACUCCUUCUACCCAAAGGCACAAGCAACUGUGCCCUCUUCAAGUGGAGACAGGCUUUUAUGGAGAUCAUCAAGGAAAGGGAUCUUGGAAAAACAGAAGAGGAGACUACCAGGAUCUAGACUGUUUACCUUACCCAGUGUCAACUGGAGCACGACCCAAAACUGAUGGGCUGUUUCAGAAGCUGUGUAAGGAAAAAGCAGAAAUCGAAGCAAAGGAAGCGUGUGACUGGUUACGUGCAGCUGGAUUUCCCCAGUAUGCUCAGUUCUAUGAGGACUCCCAGUUUCCCAUUGACAUUGCUGCAGUAAAGAAAGAUCAUGAUUUUCUUGACAAGGACCUUGUAGAACCUCUUUGCAGACGACUGAACACACUGAACAAGUGCGCCUCAAUGAAACUCGAUGUGAACUUCCAAAGGAAAAAGAGUGAAGAUUCAGAUGAAGAAGACCUCUGUGCUAUCAGCAAUAAAUGGACUUUCCAAAGAACCAGCAGACGAUGGUCACGGGUGGACGACAUUGAUGCUUUGCUUCACCGAUCAGACAGACAUGGAUCUUCUGGGGACAUUAAAAUGAAAAAUACAACAAGCAGCGAGAGCGUCCUCACAGAUCUGAGUGAACCUGAAGUCUCAUCUAUUCACAGCGAGAGCAGUGGGGGAAGUGACAACAGGAGUCAAUCCGGCAUCAGCAGCGCUGCCAGGGAGACCUGCGACUGCUCUGGCCAGCACGAUGUAGAAAACACACUGCUGCAAGACUCCACUGCAAUAAACGCUGCCCUGUCCUCCAAGGACAACCUGAAGAAUGAAAAACCAACACGAACCAAAGCAAAAACCUUUCUAAAACGCAUGGAGACACUGAAAGCAAAAAGCGUGCAUGGAAAACUAAAAGGCUCAGGAAGAACAGGUCCUUUAGAGAUAAGCGGACCUGUUCUCCAGUAUGAGCCAAAAUGCUUGAAAGACAUGCACUGUGUACAGAUUGUCAAUGGUGAUCUCCAAAACUUAGGACAAGAGUCAGUCAAAAGAGGACUUUCCUUUUCUACCAAAUCCAGCAGUGACAGCAGUCAGUCUGAAAACAGCAGCAGCGGCGUGAGCACACCGUGUCUGAAGGCACGUAAAUGCCAUGAAGCAAACAAGAGAGGUGGGAUGUACCUGGAGGACCUAGAUGUUCUGGCAGGAACGGCCUUACGGCAAGUGGUGGACCAAAACCACAGAAAUGAAUUUCAUUCCCAAGAGAACUUGGUUGUGCAUAUUCCCAAGGAUCACAAACCAGGGACCUUCCCAAAGGCACUUUCUAUUGAAAGCCUCUCACCUACAGACAACAGUAACAGUGUAAACUGGAGGACAGGCAGCAUCUCUUUGGGAAAGCAGAACUGCUCUACUCCAAAAGAGUCCGGAUUGAUGGCUUGCUGUCCUAAAGAGAGCAGAAUUAGUAUUUAUGACAAUGUGCCGGGUUCCCACCUGUAUGCUAGUACUGGGGACCUCCUAGACUUAGAGAAAGAUGUCCUUUUUCCUCAUUUAGAUGACAUUUUGCAACAUGUCAAUGGACUCCAGGAGGUGGUAGAUGGCUGGUCAAAGAAUGUGUUGCCAGGCCUGCCAGUUGAUGAUGUGUCAGUCAGGGAAUCUCCAUCAUUACCUUUCCAGUCGCCCACACAGAUCACUCUUGAUUUUGAAGGAAACUCUGUCUCUGAUGGCCGGACCACACCGAGUGACAUGGACAGAGAUGGAACAUCCCUGAAUGAAUCCGAAGCCACUGGUGUGAGGGACAGGAGAGACUCUGGGGUGGGAGCAUCGCUCACAAGGCCAAGCAGGCGAUUGCGUUGGCAUAGUUUCCAAAUCUCUCAUUGCCUGAGCCACUCCAUCGCAUCACUUCACAUCAGCAACCAGUCAGCAGCCCAACUGAAUCUACUGCAAAAAUUCUCUCUGCUUCGUCUUACUGCCAUCAUGGAAAAGUACUCCAUGUCAAACAAACAUGGCUGGACCUGGUCUGUGCCAAAGUUCAUGAAGAGGAUGAAAGUCCCUGACUACAAGGACAAAAACGUCUUUGGUGUGCCUCUGAUAGUUCAUGUCCAGAGAACAGGACAGCCUCUUCCCCAGAGCAUACAACAAGCACUACGCUACUUACGGAGCAACUGUUUAGAUCAGGUGGGUCUGUUUCGAAAAUCUGGAGUGAAAUCCCGAAUCCAGGCCCUACGUCAGAUGAAUGAGAGCUCCCCGGAAAAUGUCAGCUACGAAGAUCAGUCAGCAUAUGAUGUGGCAGACAUGGUAAAGCAAUUUUUCAGGGACUUGCCAGAACCUCUUCUCACAAGUAAGCUUGGAGAGACUUUUCUACACAUCUACCAAUAUGUCCCCAAGGAGCAGCGGCUGCAGGCAGUGCAAGCAGCCAUCAUGCUGAUGUCUGAUGAGAACCGGGAGGUUUUGCAGACUCUGCUGUGCUUCCUGAGCGACGUCACCUCCGUGGAGGAGAAUCAGAUGACUCCCAUGAACAUAGCUGUUUGUCUGGCCCCUUCCCUCUUCCACCUCAAUAUAGUGAAGAAAGAAUGCUCACCAAGAGUAAUACAGAAAAAAUAUGCAACAGGGAAGCCAGAUCAGAAGGACCUCAGUGAAAACCUGGCAGCUACUCAGGGACUUGCUCACAUGAUAAUGGAAUGCAACAAACUUUUUGAGAUCCCACAUGAAAUGGUGACCCAGUCCCGAAACUCCUACGUCGAUGCAGAAGUGCAUUCUCCCACCCUGGACGAGCUUGGGAAACAAGUGGACGAGGAAGGAGGGAACUAUCAGAUGUACCUGGAAAGUCUCAUGCAGAAUCUCCAGAAAGAAGCAAAAGAGAAAUUCAAAGGAUGGGUCACGUGUUCCAGUAUAGAGAACACAGAGCUCGCCUACAAAAAGGUUGGGGAUGGGAACCCGCUGAGGCUUUGGAAAGCGUCGGUGGAAGUUGAAGCCCCCCCCUCAGUCGUCCUGAACCGAGUGCUGAGAGAACGUCACCUCUGGGACGAGGACUUCUUGCAGUGGAAGGUGGUCGAGAGCCUGGACAAGCAGACGGAAGUUUACCAGUAUGUUUUGAACAGCAUGGCUCCUCAUCCCGUCAGAGACUUUGUCCUUCUCAGGACAUGGAGGACAGAUUUGCCGAAGGGGAUGUGCAUGCUGGUUGCCAUCUCUGUGGAGCACGAAGAGGCUCCUCUUAUGGGAGCUGUGCGAGCCAUCGUGAUGGACUCUCAGUACUUGAUAGAGCCCUGCGGCUCGGGAAAAGCCAGGCUGACCCACAUCUGCAGAGUUGACCUAAAAGGACAUUCCCCAGAGUGGUACAACAAAGGCUUUGGACAUCUGUGCGCAGCAGAAGUUGCCAGGAUCAGAAACUCAUUUCAGCCUCUGAUUGCUGAGGGACCAGAAACAAAAAUCUGAGGAAGUGUUCCUGGGAGCAUGUGAGCGUAAAUCGGGGUCUGGCAGGGAACAGGGAUACUGAAAGCAAAGAUCUCAUUUAAGCUGUAGAAAUAUGACCAGACCUGGGUCUGUACAAAGCUAAAACAGGAAUUUUAUAGGAAAGUCCUUUUAUUCUGGAGACUUCAUCUCCCCCCGGCCACAUCCCUUCUGUAUUAAUUUCAAUUAUGGAAGUAAACAUUUCUUCAGAGAGCUUUUAUCAUUAUUACUUUAAAAUCAGGCUAUUGCCAUUACUUGUGUGUUACAUAACUCUGGUAUUUAAAGGCUUCUAAGAAGCAUAUUUUAAUUGUAAAUAAAUUAUGUACAGUAUGUAUAUAUUUAUCUAUAUUAUAUCUAUAUAUAUGUAUAUGUAUAAAUUAAUUAUUUUGUAUAUAACUCAGUGCAAAUCACUUGCAUCGGUUGGACCUGAAGUGAAUCUGUCAUUUGUUUCUUAGUGUGUCACUGCUACAUAAGCUGUGUUUGCUAUUAUCACAGGGCUACCAGGCAUAAUCCCUGUGAUAACAGAAGUGCUUGUUCUCAAAUAUGUUUCGUGUUUGUGUAUGCUGUGAGAAGGUACCUAGAAAUAGAUGUAGGAAGAAGUAAAAGAACCGAGGAAGAAGGUGGUUACUGUACGUUUCAAAAUAAUGAGUGGAUCAGUUUCACCAAAUAAAAUACACGGAAAUGUAA